AAAAGAAACCAUACAAAUGCCAGCUCUGUGGUAAAGUUUUUGGUCACAAGUCUGCCCUUGUGAGACAUCGGAUUCUUCACACAGGAGAGAAACCGUACAAUUGCCAGGAGUGUGAGAAGUGUUUUGCUGACAAGUCAAGCCUUUCAAAGCAUCAACGAAUCCACACAGGAGAGAAACCACACAAAUGCCAACAGUGUGGAAAGUAUUUUGGUCAAAGGACAUACCUGAGGAAGCACUUGAGAGUCCACACAGGAGAGAAACCAUACAGAUGCCAGCAGUGUGGCAAAUGUUUUCUUCGCAAGUCACAACUUGAGAGUCAUCAAACAGUCCACACAGGAGAGACGCCAUACAAAUGCAAGCAAUGUGGGAAAUGUUUUGAUGAGAAGUAUUCCCGAGAGAAACCAUACAAAUGCCAGCACUGUGGUAAAUGUUUUCGUCAUAAGUCUACCCUUGUGAGGCAUCAGAGUCUUCACACAGGAGAGAAACCAUACAAAUGUCAGGAGU